GAAUCAAAUAAACACUUGACUUUCAUCAAGUGAGGUCAUGCAUGCGCAGAAGCUUCUUGGAAAUAUUUGUAAACAACGUCGACUUUGAGAUGGUUCCGUUCUGACACAAGAAUUUUCCUUGAAAAUGUUGAAACGUAAUUUCCGACAUGUACAUCAAAAGCACAACGCUCAAAUCCUCAUAUGUCAAUGUUCACCGUCCUGCGAUAAUUUUCCAAGCUUUUUCUUCAAGUUCUUGUAUAAGAACCUUUCUCUGACAAAGUUAUUGCUCCUCAAGGAAUUUCAAGCUCAAGAAUAUGGAUCCAAUGUUCUAUCUUGCAGUUAGAACCAAUGAUAUAACCACAUUUUCUAGCCUAGUUAAAGAGAAUGAAGAAAUUCUCCAGCAGAGAACAGCAGAUUCCUUCAGCACUCCAUUACACCUUGCUUCCAGGUACGGCUGCACCAAAAUAGUAUCUGAUAUUGUGAGAUUGUGCCCUGACAUGGUUUCUGCUGAGGAUAAAAACAUGGAGACACCGGUUCACGAGGCUUGCAGACAAGACAAUGUUGUUGUCUUAAAGUUGCUGUUGGAUGCCAAUUCCUCAGCUGUUUGUAAGCUUAAUCUGGAUGGGAAAAACGCUUGCUUUCUAGCUUGCAGCCAUGGCCAUCUUGACAUGGUGAAACUCUUGCUCAAUCUAUCUGAGAAGGUGGAGCCAGUAGCAGCAGGGUUUGAUCAAUCUUGUAUCCAUAUUGCUGCAUCAAGAGGGCACACAGAUGUUGUUAGAGAAUUGUUGAAUAAGUGGUCAGAACUUACUCAAGUGAUUGAUGAUAACGGGAAUUCACCAUUGCAUCAUGCUUGUGAGAGAGGACACAGAGAGAUUGCAUGGAUCCUACUAAGACGUGAUCCAAAUCUUGGUUUACUACACAACAACAAUGGCUAUACACCAUUGCACCUGGCUGUGAUGAACGGGAAAGUCUCUAUCCUUCAAGAUUUUGCGUCAAGCAUUGCUGCCUCACUAAACCGGAUCACUAGAGAGGAAGAGACAGUGUUCCAUUUAGCUGUGAGAUAUGGAUGGCACGAUGCAUUGGAAUUCUUGGUACAUGCCUCCAAUGGUACCAAUCUAUUGCACUGUCAAGAUCGUUAUGGCAACACCGUCUUACACCUUGCGGUCAUAGGCAAACGCUACAAGAUGGCAGAGUUCUUGAUCAACAAGACAAAGAUGGAUAUUAAUGCUCGGAACUCUGGAGGGAUCACAGCACUUGAUAUCCUAGUUCAGUAUAAGGACAGUGCAGAAAAUAGGCAAUUGCAAGCCACUUUUAUAAGAGCUGGUGGUAGAAGAAGCAUUCAAUCUGUGUCUCCAGUAGCAUCUAAUUCUGUGUCCCCAGUAGCAUCUAGUCUUUCUAUGUCAUGGAGGUUUACACCUAAUCCAGUGGAAUUGCCGAAUCAAAAUGAAUCGGUUACUGCUUAUUAUGAUUCUGCAACAAGCACCAAAUCUAGAUCACCUUCCCAGCCUCAAAUGAGUGAGAUAACUGAGAAUGGAAACUAUAAACCAUACCCAACAAAUUCAGGGAAACAGAAGAAGCAUCAAACCAAAAGAAAAGUGGAAAAUCUAAGUAACUUUUUCUAUAGUCAGAGCAACAGGAAGAAGCACUAUGAGAUGCACAGAGAGGCAAUACUGAACGCGAGGAAUACCAUUAUAAUAGUAGCUGUUUUGAUUGCAACUGUAACUUUUGCUGCUGGUAUUAGUCCCCCUGGUGGUGUGAACCAAGCAGGAGCAGUGGGUGAGUCAACGGUGGGAAAAACAACUGCCUUCAAGGUGUUUGUGAUAAGUAACAACAUAGCACUAUUCACAUCUCUAUGUAUAGUAAUUGUGCUUGUUAGUAUCAUUCCAUUUAGAAGAAAGGCACACACAAGAUUGUUGGCAAUCACUCACAAGGUAAUGUGGGUGGCUGUGGCAUUUAUGGCUACUGGCUAUGUUGCAGCCAUUUGGGUGAUCUUGCCACACAGUCCAGAGAUGCAAUGGCUAUCUGUUGUGUUACUUGCUCUGGGUGGUGGCUCUCUGGGCACAAUCUUCAUUGGUCUCAAUGUGAUGCUGAUUGAACACUGGCUCAGAAAAUCAAAGUGGAAAAAGACUAGGAAAGAAGGAGAUGAUGUAGCUGCAGACAACGAAAAGGAAAGUCAAAAUUCAGAUAUUGAGAGCUCUUAUUCAAAGGGUUACCAUUCAUACUGAUUAAUCUGUCUCUCAAAAUCAGAAUGCUGUGUGAAAAAAUUCUUCUAAAACUACAUCACACACUAAAAUAACACAGAAAAAAAUUUAAACCUGA